AUGACUAUGGCUGGACUGGAGCGGCUGCUGGGUGAAGGCACGCAAGUCCGGUAUGAAAUGCCUGAAACCUCCGUUUUCUGCAAGUAUCACCCCGCGGAUUGCAACGAGAGACAGAUGCAGCUGCUGGGUAUUUUGGAGACCGCGCAAGAGCAAACUAGUGGUGAGGGGUGCUUGCGCGAAAUGGGGGUAUUGACUCAGGAGGAGGACAGCGAGCAUUUCCACCCCAGGGUCCUCCGGAAACUUUAUGCACAAUACACAGCAAUCUACCGGCAGAGCCAUGAAACCAUUGAGUCCCAUCACGACUUCAGCCAGUGCGGCAUGACUGAACACUACGCAUGGUUCGGUGUGGCGGAAGGCUCUCUGCCAGAAAAUUUUUCCAGCCUGAAGCCACAAGGCCCUUCAACAGGUAGCCCAAAGGUGCCCCAAACAAGCCCAGCAAAGCGGCAGUGCGUGGUGGAGGAGUUGCUGGCCGACCUCUUCCGAUUGGAUGAGACGGAGGUGGGACGCGCACCGGUGAUUGUCUUAGAUCCCGAUCAAGUACAUGGUGUGGUGGCAAAUGGUGGGGAUGAAG